AUGGACGCCCUUGCUGAUGAGCUCCCUGAAGAGUUGCCACUAGAUGACCCUCUACAGCAUGCUUUGACGAUAGAGAGAGAAGCUGAAGUGAUUGAGAACCUGAAGAGUGCUGCCUAUGGGAUGAUGAUGGAUUCACACAGAGGAUUUGGUAGUAAGGAUCAGUAUGAGGAGCUGCCACAAGUGGUUCAUCAAGAAACCUCAGUCAUUCACCAAGAGGACACCCAGCAAGACGACUGGAGCGAGUGUUGGGAUUCUAAAUGGGUAUCUCCUGUGCAUGUUGUGCCAAAGAAGGGUGGUAUAACUUUCAGAAGCUACUUGGUGGGAUCUAAAGUCAUUGUCUACACAGAUCAUGCUGCGCUGAGACAUCUUUUGGCAAAGAAGGAUGCAAAACCCAGGCUCUUGAGAUGGAUUCUUUUGCUUCAAGAGUUUGAUUUAGAGAUCAAGGACAAGCCAGGAGUUGAGAAUGGUGUAUCUGAUCACUUGUCCAGGCUGAGAGUGGAGUGUGGCAUUCCUAUUGAUGAAGGACUUCCUGAGGAACAGAUCAUGGCUAUUGGAGCAGUGAUGGCAGUUUGUGAGACUGGUAGGAAGCUUGAAGAAUUCAAGGCAACAGAGGAGAAAGAACCUUGGUAUGCUGAUUUGGUAAAUUACAUAGCCACAGGAAAAAAACCUUUGAAUCUUGUGGGCUAUGCCAAGAAGAAGUUCUGCAAGGAUGUGAAGAGAUACUACUGGGAUGAGCCCUACCUCUACAUUCUCUGCAAGGAUCAACUUUAUUGGAGAGUGGUUGCUAAUGAGGAGAUUGAUGGGAUCCUUACACAGUGUCAUGGAUCAUCCUAUGGAGACCACUUUGCUACCUUCAAGACUGUUGCGAAAGUGCUACAAGCUGGAUUCUGGUGGCAACAUAUGUUAAAGGAUACACAGGACUUUGUUUCAAAGUAUUUCAUGGGGCCAUUUCCAUCAUCUUUUGGCAACAAAUACAUCCUUGUAGCUGUUGACUAUGUCUCCAAAUGGGUGGAAGCUAUUGCAAGUCCCACCAAUGAUGCUAGAGUUGUAACCAAGAUGUUCAGGAGCACCAUCUUUCCAAGGUUCGGGGUUCCAAGAUUUGUAAUCAGUGAUGGAGGGUCUCAUUUCAUCAACAACUGCUUGAGGGACUUCUCAAGAAGAACAGUGUUAAGCACAAGAUUGCAACUCCUUACCACCCUCAAACAAGUGUGUACGGGAAAGCUUGCCAUCUGCCAGUGGAGCUUGAACAAGGCACUAUGGGCAAUAAAGUUGCUGAACUUUGACAUCAAGAGUGCCAAGGAGAAAAGGUUUUUUCAGCUACAUGAGUUUGAUGAGAUAAGAAUGGAUGCUUUUGAGAACUCAAGGAUCUACAAGGAGGAGACUAAAGCUUUCCAUGACAAGAAUAUCCUGAAGAGAAAGAGUUUAAAGAAGGAGAUCAAGUUCUUCUCUACAACUCUAGGCUGA